CAUUCCUCACGCCCACCAGCUUGGACUGUUGAGCCAAGACAGGCUGGGUCCAUGGAUUCAUGCAUCUGUUUGUCUCAGCAGAAAACAAGAUCAUUAGACCAGGCUACGUUUUUUCAGUCUUCAAUUGUCCAGGUUUUGUUGAGGCUCUUCCCUCUGCAGCCUCAGCUUUGUAUAUGUCCUCCAGUUUGUGGGCGUGUCUAAAGCAGGGUUAAGUCUGGACAAGACCCGGGUUAAUGCUUGGGGAAAAACACUGAAAUCCGAGGUGGGAGACUUGUGGCCGCGACUUAAUUUAAACAAUUAAUCCCAGGUUAUUUCAAACAUCACACUAAGAGUGGAUCAAGAUCUCACUUUGUGUGAGAUGCCCAGGAACACCACUGAUAUUCAAGCACGUGCGUUAUUGUUUUACGCACAGUGGUCAUGGAGCCGGAAGGAGACUGGGGCAACAUCAGCGACUCUGAACUACUGGAUAUACAGUCAGAACAUUUCUGCAUCGAAGAGUCCUCUGAGGCACCCAGCUCUAGUGCCACAAUUGGAGACCCUGCGAUUACUAGUUCCAUUACUUUCCCCACAUCACUGCCCAAUACUGAGGAGCAGUGUCCUGUUAAAAGAAAUGAUGAGACAGGUGUGAAGAGGAAGCGAGAUGCUGAGGACAGCCGUAUUCCUCCUCUGCUUUUCAGGAAGCUUCACCUGAGUGUCAGCCUCCUGUCUGAGCAGACCUGGUGCGAAAAGAAAGUUGUGUAUGGCAUACUGAAACCUCAAAUGAGGCAGAAAGAUAAACAGCGAAUUGAGGUGCAGAACGGAUCUAGCAUUCAUCUAGCAAGAGAGUUGGAGGUUCAUGAUGUUUUACCGAUUAAUAUUCAAACCCGUGAGGAUGCUGUGGCUAUUAGUCUGAUCAACAUGCUAAACAUGAUUCCGAUUUUAGAGACGGGGCAGUGUGUGCGUGAGUUUCCAGUGUUCGGUGUAGUAGAGGGUGUGUAUUUUAAGGGCAUUAUUGAUGAGCUGAGUUAUAACCAGAAGGGGGAGCUGGUGUUGAAGGAGCUAAAGACUCGUAGGCAUGACUCUCUGCCCGGAGCUGCCCAGGCUCUCGGCCAUCGCUUUCAGGUGGGCAUGUAUAAGCUUCUGUUUGAUGCACUGGUCAGGGGGGAAGUGAAGAAAGAACAAAUUCUGGAGCACCUCAAGCUCAAAGCCUCCCUGGCUCUUGGAACUGAGGUCAUAACUCAUGCCGCAGACGUCGGGGUAAAUGUAGCCACCUUUGAUGAACUGCUCGAUGCCUUUAUCCUCACUUUGUCCUGUUCUGAUCUGCCAUGUGUCGACGUGCUUCAGCUGGAGUACUGUCACCAGAGAUCUAGCAGUUUCAUUGGCACCAUGUCGGUGCAGUUUGACGAGGCCCAGAUGAGGGCAGACCUUCGUGGAUACUUGGAAUACUGGAGAGGACAGAGAGAGCCCAAGGGGGUGGAUAUAGAAGAUGCCUGGAAAUGCACAUAUUGUGUCUAUGAAGAGAUCUGUGACUGGAAAAAAAAUAGAUCUCUGGUCCAUGAGAAUUUUCACACCAGGAAGAGAGUCAACACGAACUGACAUGCAGUUAUUUUAUUUCACUCAGCUAUGCUAAUUUCAUUAACUUGUGUCUGUGAUUCUAACUACUGAUUUUAUCUUUUUAUUAUAUGUUUGAAAUAUGGAUUAUUUUCUAGUAAGCAUUAACUCUUAAUCCCAAAUCUAAAAAUUCAUUACUUUUCUUUUCACUAAAAUAUAAUGUACUUUUUUAAUAUAAAGAUUGUGUAAAAAGAGUCAUGAGGUGAAACUAAGACUGUUAAACUAUUUUAAUUCAUGUAUGGAACAAGCUUACCUUCCUCUGAUAAUCAUGAUAAAUAAAGCCAGUCUUUGUUCAUUA